AUGGCUAUGGCUUUCAAGAUGGCGACGAUGGGUAUGAAGGUCGCCGAGGAGUGCAAGGAGUCUUUCAUGGAGAUGAAGUGGAAGAAGGUGCAUAGGUACAUAGUGUUCAAGAUCGACGAGGGGUCAAAGCGGCUGACUGUGGACAAGGUGGGGCCCGCCGCCCAAGGGUACGAUGAUCUGGCGGCAGCCCUUCCGGACGAUGAUUGCCGAUAUGCUGUCUUCGAUUUCGAUUUUGUCACCGUGGACAAUUGUCGCAAGAGCAAGAUCUUCUUCAUUGCAUGGGCCCCAACAGCAUCAAGAAUUAGAGCCAAAAUGCUUUAUGCAACCUCAAAAGAUGGAUUGAGGAGAGCUUUAGAAGGCAUCCAUUUUGAACUCCAAGCUACAGAUCCAACUGAAAUGGGAUUUGAUGUCAUUAAGGACAGGCUCAUAUAA